UAACAGUCAAAACAUUUUCUUUAGUUGUCAGAUUAGAAAUUGUAAUAACAACAAAGUCUAAAACAAAAGAUUAUUUUUCGCUUUUUUCGACCGAUUCAAUUGUGCUAACCAAUGGGACCAGAGACCUAAAAACUAGAUGUACAACAAACACAUAGUAACACCAAAAUCCGUACAAAUUUAAAUCAUUUUGUGAUAUCACGAUAUUUGGUAAAUUUUAACAGAGAUUUUUUUUGGAUCUUUGGCAGAGCAAGAACUAAAGGACCAACAGCGAGCAAUGGGCAAUGUACACCCACAACAGCCAGAGCAUGUGGACCCGGUGCAAUCGAAUAUGGACAAAGACAAAUUCUAUCGGUUCUUUGGCCUCCGCAUGGCCAACGAGGGUGAUGGCUAUGAUAUAACCGAGCAGCGACGACUCGAGAUACACCUGGAGCAGAAGCAGCACGACAAUCUAGAUGAUUAUGGCAAGCCUUCGUCCGGGGCAGUGAAUCGGUCCACAGUCAUACCUUGGCUAGGCGGUCUAAAGUUUGUCGAACGUCUCGGCAAUCCGGGCACUGUGGCCGAGCUGCAUCGUCGUUGCCACGAUAUGAUGCCGCAGACAUUCGACGGAUUCCGUUUGAAUGUCAGCCGUGCUCUGGGCAACUAUCUGACCGUCGGUCAUAGUCUGCAUGCGGGCAACAGGCCGCAGACGAUCGACUGCCAGUUCAAUUGCAGCUACCAGGGCGAUCAGGUGCACGAGCUGAGCGGCGAGUCCUACCCACUGCUAAUCGGUGAGAUGGACGCCCGUGGCAAUAUCACCGCCAACCUAAUGCACUUCAUAACGCCGUGCUGGCGCACCAAGCUAACAGCGACCAUCCUGGACUCGGUGGUGCAGAAUUCGCGUCUGUUCAUUGACUACUUCGGCGAGGACUACACCUGCACCUGUGUGCUGAGCAACAUCGAUGUGAUGCAGAGCAUGGGCGUCUUUGUCGCAUCGUACCUGCAGCAGGUAACGGCUCAAUUGGCGCUGGGCGUUGAUGUGAUCUAUCAGCGCGAGGACAUUGUGCCGGGCGGCCAGGCGGCGCUGGUCUCGGCUGUGGCGCGCUAUCAGCAGGACAAUCGACAGUGGUCCGCCAUGCUCAGCUUGCAUGCUCUGGAGCUCUGCUACACUCAGAUCUAUGGCGAGAGCUUGGGCGCCAGUGUUCAGCUGCAGGCAAACAUCCUUAAGCGUCAGGCCAUCUCCAGGCUGUGCUACCACUGCCAUAUGCCACGCGUCGGCUUCAGCUUUCGCGGCGGCAUCGAUACGCGCGGCGUCAUCAGCGCCGUCUGCGAGAAACGACUCGACCCGUUGCCCAUUCUGCUGCAGAUUAGCGGCAAGAUGAACCAUUUCAGCAGUCGUUUUCGCUUCGGCCUGGGCCUCAUACUGGGCUAGCCUAAAUGUGCCUGCCACCAGAGUAAAUUGAGUAAAUCGUGUAAGUUUCUAAAACACCUACUGGCCUUUUGAAAUCCGCACUCUUCUGUAUAGAUCAUUAGUUCCUAAGUCAUCGUCUGAGAAAAUGGCUUAGUUCGUUCUGCACCAAUCAGUUGCUCGCUCGUAGAGAAUGGGUAAAUUUACAAAUAAAAAUACAUCAUCUAAAUAUACGCCGUCUCCGUACACUCCUGGAAGGUGGGGAUACGAAGGGACCACAGCUUGAACAGAACCUUCAUUGGAGCCAGACGCAAAUCGAUUUGCAACGAAUUGUGCUUUAAUCUACAUGGAGUCUAUAGAGUAGUGUGUCAGAGUAGCAUCAAUCCCUUUGUAUUACCCAACGAGACUGUACCUAAGAAUCCUCCUCAUAUGUAGACCGCAAAACAAAAAGAAAAACAAAACACUU